UUAAAGUGAUAACGCUCUCCUUUCAAUGAGCCACGAUAGACUAAAUAGGAACUUGCACGGAUUCACGCCUUUAAUUUAUUCAUUAUAUGAAGUUAUAUUUUCACUAGUAGCUUCACAAACUGUGGUUUGUAUUUUCACACGUAAUUCUAGCGAGGAAAACAAGUUGCGAAUAGAUCGUGAAGUUUGUCUACAAGAGUUUUGAAUAAGGAAAUCGUUUUAGGCUAACGUCAUGUAGCAAGCUAAUCUCAUUUAUCCAUUCGUUAACUCAGCUAUCAUUUCACAGAGUGUUAUAACCCCUACAUAAAGGCAUGACCGAGUACAAACUUGUGGUGGUUGGGGCAGGAGGUGUGGGGAAGAGCGCUCUCACCAUCCAGCUCAUCCAGAACCACUUCGUAGAUGAAUAUGAUCCAACCAUCGAGGACUCGUACAGAAAACAGGUGGUGAUUGAUGGAGAGACUUGUCUGUUGGACAUCCUGGACACUGCAGGUCAGGAGGAGUACAGCGCCAUGAGGGACCAGUAUAUGAGGACAGGAGAAGGUUUCCUCUGUGUGUUUGCAAUCAACAACAUCAAGUCCUUUGAGGACGUUCACCUCUACAGAGAGCAGAUCAACAGGGUGAAGGACAGCGACAGUGUUCCCAUGGUGCUGGUGGGGAAUAAGAGCGACCUGGGUACCCGCGCGGUGGAGUCGCGGCAGGCGCAGGAGCUGGCACGAAGCUACGGAGUACCAUUUGUCGAGACUUCUGCCAAAACCAGACAGGGUGUGGAGGAAGCUUUCUAUUCACUGGUGCGGGAGAUUAGAAGAUAUAAGGAGACCAACCGCAGCAACAAGAAGAGCAAGAAGAACACUCAGAGACGUUGCGCAAUACUAUAGCAAACCACACAAACCAGCACAUCUCUUACAGCACUUGUUUCACGCUCACGCUCACACACACUGCACCCCCUCUGUCGUGUUGGAGAUGUCCAGCACAGCUCCAGACAGGGAAGCAGACAUGGCAAAAUCCAUUUUUUUUUAAUGCUGUCACAGUUUCCACUUACAGUAUUUGCCAUUUAUUCAUCCAAUGUGCAGUGUUCGUUUAACGCUGUGAAUUCAGUUUGUUUUGGUCAGUGACCAAACAACUAGAAACUGCAGUUUUAAAAUGACUUUUUUUUUUGGUUAAGGUCAGCAUUUGUGCAAACUUAAUUCCAGUCUGUGGUACAAAUAUUGGAUUUGACUGUAAAGAUGAUUACUUUUUUUCUUUUCUUUUUUAUACUAAUUCUAUUCUAAUUUUGUCUUGUUGCCAGUGUUUUUAAAGACUCUUUAGCUCCUGUUGACUUUUUUUUGGGUGGGGGCAGGUGUUCACAGUGGUGCGUCGCUGCACUUUGCACUGUCACAUCAGGUGAGGCAUUCAGUCCAAAUCCAAAAUUGUUCCAGGACUCAACACGUUAAAGGGAGGUGAAAGUUUUGCUUUAUAAACAUCUAACUUUACAAAGUCCCAUAGAAAAAGUGUCAUAUUUACUCGGGCACUGUUUACUUGUGAAAACGCUUUGCUUCCAGAUGAUUGGUUAAAACCUUUUUAAAGUUUG